AUGGCUCUUGCCGCAAAGUUGAAGUCAUGGUCUGAGGAGCUGACGCCUUAUUUCAUCUACCUGCUCUUCGUCGCGACCUUGGGCCCUCUCUUGUUCGGCUAUCAUCUGGCCGAACUCAACGCUCCUCAAGAGGUGAUAACGUGCACGAAAAAGUCGCUCACCUCGUCCGAAUCAUCAUCCACGUCUCUCCCACAAUGCAUCCCGAUGGACUCUACGCAGCUGGGUCUCGUCUCAUCGAUCUUCACCCUAGGCGGGUUCCUCGGCGCGUUGGCCUCGGGAUCGCUCGCUGCCCGCUACGGCCGUCUGCUGGUCAUGCGCGUCAACACCGUCCUCCUCGUUCUCGGCCCGCUAGGUGAGACGUUUGCGCCCAACAUCACCGUGCUGGCACUGGGACGGCUGGUGUCUGGACUUGGGGCUGGUGUCUCGGUCGUUGUCGUGCCCAUCUACAUUUCCGAGAUCGCGCCGCCAAAGGAGAAAGGCUUCUUCGGCGCCUUCACCCAGAUCGCUACGAAUGUGGGCAUCUUCACGACCCAAGUCCUCGGCUAUUUUCUCAGCCACGGCCAAAUGUGGCGUGUCAUCCUUGCGGUGGCCGGCGUGAUCGGUGUCGGACAGUUCCUCGGCUUGCUCUUUGCCGUCGACAGUCCAAAGUGGCAAGCCGAUCACGCCGACCCACAGCAGGCGAAGAGCAAUCUGAGGCGUAUCAGAGGACACGGGGCCGACAUCAGCGAGGAAGUCGAGGGGUGGAGAAGUGCGAAUCUGAACGAUGCAAACGACGAGGAACAAACUCUCCUAUCACCGGACGAGAACAGCAACAAUAACAAUUCCACCGCAACGACUUCUCCGUCUUCAUCCAACCCAUCGCGCACCAACGUCAGCAUCCUGGGGGUCCUUCUCGACCCGAGACACAACCGCGCCAUUCUCGCCGUGGUGGUGGUCAUGAUGGCCCAGCAGCUCUGCGGGAUCAACAGCAUCAUCAUGUACGGGGUGUCUCUGCUCGCGGACCUCCUGGCGUCCAACUCGGCCCUGUUGAAUAUUUUCGUGAGCGUGCUGAAUGUCGUCGCCACGACGGCCUUUGCCCCGCUCGCCGACGUGCUCGGCCGCAAAGCCUGCAUCCUCGCCAGCAUAGCGGGCAUGGGCGCGUCGAGCGUCCUGUUGGCCGUCGGCAUUCGCAGCGCCAUCCCCGUCCUCAGCGCCGUGUCAGUGUUACUGUUCGUCGGGAGCUUCGCGUUCGGCCUCGGCCCCGUGCCCUUCAUCUUGAGCAGCGAGCUCGUCGGUCCCGAGGCCGUCGGAGCAACGCAGAGCUGGGCCCUGGCUGCGAAUUGGAUCUCGACCUUUGUCGUCGCACAGUUCUUCCCCAUGGUGAACGAGAGGCUGGGAAAGGGCGUCGUGUAUUUCGUCUUUGCGGGAUUGGCGGGAGUGUUUUUCGUCUUUGUCUCGUGGUACGUCCCCGAGACCAAGGGGAAGAAGGACGCCGAUGAAGUUUGGGGGAGGACGUCGAGAAGAGAAGAUUAG